AUGGUGGCUGCUAAUGAACCAAAACUAUUUGAACUUGAACAAAAAUUUUACGAACAUCCUCCUCCUCCAAACGCUCAUGUCAAUGGACAUACUUCUGGUACAAUGAUCGAUAAAGAUGGAAAUCAAUCUACUGGCUAUAGUAGAAGAUUGACAGAUGCAAGUGGAACACCACGUUUUCAAUCAGAAACAUCGAAACUUGAACAAAACUAUCCAAAUGUAAAAUCACUGUUGAGUCGACCACUCAAUGCUUGUGCUGAACAUAUGGCUUAUGAAAAUAUAUCAAAUCCCAUCAUUAUUUAUGCAAUUCAAAUAAAAAAUGGUUUAGUAUUCUGCGUUAAACGAUGUGAGAAUUGUGAGCAAUUUGAUCUCAGAAACGUUAUUACUGAUUCAAUGCAUGGUACACUUGUUCCAUUUCUAAUUACUGAAGUACCACCACCUGGUUCUUAUGUUAGAGCUGACAUAUCUGACAUCAUUGUUAUUAGUGUGGCAAAUAGAGAAAGAGAAGAACGACGUUGA